GUUAAUAUGGCGGCGCCCAGCAUAGUCAGGUGCGGGCGGGUUUGUCUUUAAUAGCGGCGGCGACACGAGGCCCGGGAAGACCCCCAGGAAUCGACCCGCCAGGACAUCAGAGCUACCUCCGCGGGGACCAUCCCCUACCCCAACACAUUCUUCCCUUCUUUGCAAACAGCCCAUGGCGAACCAAGGCUCUGGGAGCAGUCGCCUUCCCCUGGCGCUGCCCCCAGCCUCCCAGGGUUGCUCGUCAGGGGGCAGCGGCUCCCCCGCAGGCGGCUCCGGCAAUCCCCCGCCACCGCGAAACCUCCAAGGCCUGUUGCAGAUGGCCAUCACGGCGGGCUCUGAAGAGCCAGACCCCCCUCCGGAACCCAUGAGUGAGGAGAGGCGCCAGUGGCUGCAGGAGGCCAUGUCGGCCGCCUUCCGGGGCCAGCGCGAAGAGGUGGAGCGGAUGAAGGAGUGCCUCCGGGGGCUGUCGCAGCCCACGCCCCCCUCCGCUGGCGAGGCCGAGCUGGCUGCCGACCAGCAGGAGCGCGAGGGCGCCCUGGAGCUGCUGGCCGACCUGUGCGAGAACAUGGACAACGCGGCAGACUUCUGCCAGCUCUCCGGCAUGCACCUGCUGGUGGGCCGCUACCUGGAGGCGGGGCCUGCGGGGCUGCGGUGGCGGGCGGCGCAGCUCAUCGGCACGUGCAGCCAGAACGUGGCAGCCAUCCAGGAGCAGGUGCUGGGCCUUGGCGCCCUGCGCAAGCUCCUGCGCCUGCUGGAUCGAGACCCCUGCGAUGCUGUGCGCGUCAAGGCCCUCUUCGCCAUCUCCUGCCUGGUCCGGGAGCAGGAGGCUGGGCUGCUGCAGUUCCUCCGCCUGGACGGCUUCUCUGUGUUGAUGCGGGCUAUGCAGCAGCAGGUGCAAAAGCUCAAGGUCAAGUCGGCGUUCCUGCUGCAGAACCUGCUGGUGGGCCACCCUGAACACAAAGGGACCCUGUGCUCCAUGGGCAUGGUCCAGCAGCUGGUGGCCCUCGUCCGGACAGAACACAGCCCCUUCCACGAGCACGUGCUUGGAGCCCUGUGCAGCUUGGUGACGGACUUCCCCCAGGGUGUGCGGGAGUGCCGGGAGCCCGAGCUGGGCCUGGAGGAGCUUCUGCGGCACCGGCGCCAGCUGCUGCAGCAGCACCAGGAGUACCAGGAGGAGCUGGAGUUCUGCGAAAAGUUGCUACAGACCUGUUUCUCCACCCCGACGGACGACAGCAUGGAUCGGUGAAACCCGGUUGCUUCUCUCCCGCUCUUUGUGGGAACCCCAGGCCUCCUGACCCCCCCCUCACCCGCGAGGCCCUCUUCCAAAGGAGAGCGGGGCCUUGUUGGUGCCGGGGCGUGUCAGCCCGUCUCUUCUCAGCCCUCAGGAGGGGCGCUGAAAAAGGCACUGGCUCCUUGGACACCACCUUUCGCGCACUCUCACUCCAUUCCCCCUUCUCGUGUCCACACUGGUCUUCCAGUAAAGGUGUUUCUCCUCCACCACCUCCUUCACUGCCACCUUUGUCACCUCCCCUGGAGAGUGCUUUGGUUGGGGAGGAGGGGUACGAUCUUAGAGGACAUGGGGAGCCAUGGAGGGAACAGCAGCGGGCGGAACCUGAGAAUAAUAAAAAUGUUGCUAUCUAAA